UUUUUGGCGGGAUUUCAUCGAGUGCGGUUGGCGUCUUAUUUUAAUUAUUCUUAAAUUCGUUCAUAGUGGAUAUUGUGAAAUAAAAUUGGUGUGGUUUUGUGUAACAACUGUCUGCGUAACUGAAGAAUUAGCGGAAUCAUUAAAAUAUACGCUAUUCCGGUCAAGUGGACGUGAGAAUUUUAUUGUAGUGUUGACUACCUCACAGAAGCUUAUCGAAAAAGCCAACUCGAUACAUUUCGUGCCAAACACUCCAAGAAACAUUAGAAUGCGUCACACCGACAUUCUAAUGUAAAAAUAAAACGAAGAUAAAUUUAACUAAAGACCAGGCUGUAUGGGCAUUGUUCCCUUUGCCUUCCCUAAAACGGGAGAACUUCAACAAAAAAAAAAUAUGACAGUCAUCUCCAUAGACUAAAGAAACUGACUCUAACAUUUUAAUUAUCAUUCAGAAACUAACUUAAAUCAUCCAAAUCCAGUGAAACAGGGAUAUACCCUCUAUUUGAUUGUUUAAGUGAGCUUCAGUGACUCAGGGUUCUACCUUAUUGAGAAAAUAUUUUUACUGUCAUGACAGCUACAGCGCUAUUCGGCAAUUCUUCAGCCCUCGGCGGCAGUUCAGGAGGAAACAAACAUUUAGUAGAAUUUCGUGCUGGAAGAAUGACUCUGAAAGGACGCAUGGUUCAUCCAGAUAAAAGAAAGGGAUUAUUGUAUGUCUAUCAGGGUGAAGAUUCACUCAUGCACUUCUGCUGGAAAGACCGGACUACAGGAGAAGUGGAAGAUGAUUUGCUUAUUUUUCCUGAUGAUUGUGAAUUUGUCAGAGUGAAUGAAUGUACUACAGGAAGAGUUUAUGUUCUGAAAUUUAAGUCUUUUUCUAAAAAGUUCUUUUUCUGGAUGCAGGAACCUAAAACUGAUAAAGAUGAUGAUUAUUGUCGUCGUAUUAAUGAAGCUUUGAACAACCCACCCACCUCUGGAAGCCGUGGCGGUGCAAGUGGAAGUGGUCAAGAUGGUGAAUUGCAAAAUCUUCUCAACAACAUGUCCCAGCAGCAGUUGAUGCAAUUAUUUGGUGGUGUUGGCCAAAUUGGUGGCUUGUCAUCAUUGUUAGGUACAAUGGGCAACAACAGUAGCAGCAACACUAGCUCAAGGCCAUCAGGUGGCAGUGGCAGCAGCUCUCGUGGGGGCAGUGCUCCACGUACCACAGAAGCUGCUUCAAGGACUCCAGCACGUGCUCGGGAUGUACCUGCACCCACUGCUACUCCACCCAAUACUGCAACAGCUACUCAACCCAGAGACCUGCAACGGUACUUCUCGGGCAUGGGCACGGCGCCGCCGGAGAGCGUGGACCUGGCGGCGGCGCUGACGGCGCCCGAGGCGGUGGCGGCGGCCACCGCACCGGCCAACGUGCAGCGCCUGGCGCCCCACCUGCCCCCCGCCGCCGCCGGCACUCAGGACGAUGCGGCGAACCAGUUUUCUUCGGCACUGACUUCGGGACAGAUGGGUCCGGUCAUGACACAGUUUGGGUUACCAGCUGAGGUGGCAUCUGCUGCUAAUACUGGCGACAUGCAAGCAUUUUUCAAGGCUCUAGAAAAUAAUGCUAGUGCGUCAGAAGGAAAUAACUCUAAAAAAGAGGGUGAAGAAAAUAAGAAAGAUGAAAAACCCAAAGACGAAGGCAACGAUAAGAAGGAUGGCGAUGCUGGCAUGGCUCUCGAUUGAUCGUUUAUCAUUGAUUCGGUUAUAUAUAUUAUAUUCUUAAACAACAAAUUGUAACAUAAUUUUUCAUGUAUUUGAAUUUGAGAGUGUCUUCAAUAUAUUCAUAUUGACCACGUUUGAUAUUUUGUUUCGUUUAUGUAAGUAGAAACAAAGUUCAAUAAAGCUUGUCGGUGAC